CCAACACGCGAUCUGGAUUGUUUAUCGCGCCUACGCCUGCAAAGGUGUAUAACUUUGUAAAGCUGCGUACUCUACCCUUGCAACAUUAUCCAACCGCCCACGCCAUAGCACCUGCGUGAACCAUGGUGAAAAUUAUCAAUGGAGAGAUCGUAGCAGACGAUGAUCCCAGGUUGAAACAACAACACCAAUCAGCAUCUGGACCGGCAGCAGCUGGUGCCUACAGCAGUACCGGCUAUGGAUUUAAUGCUCCAGGGGCCUCUGGGGGGCGCAUGGGUGGGGGCCCUCCUGCUGCCGCUGCUGGGCCUGGUAGAGGCGGUGCAGCGGGCAGUGCCUUCGACCUGAACGCUCCUCCAUUCAGGACACUGCCCCCCGCCCCUGGAGUGCAGCCCUUCCUGGGGCUGCCGGACGCGGAGGUGUUUGGGCUGCGAGUGACACCGCAGGCGGGGAUGGCGGGGCUGGCGCUGUUCAUAUUCGCGGGCUGGCGCAUGGCGCUGGUGGCUGCCGUGCUGUACGUCGUCUACCUCAUGAACCAAGGCGUCCAAGGGCAACCCCCCCAGCAGCACCCAGCCGGCCGCCGGCCAGCUGGCGCUCCCGCACCGGGGCAGCAGCAGCAGCAGGCGGGGGGCGCUUCAGGCGGCGGGGGCAUCAACCCAGCGGCCUUCCUGCAGCGCUACUUUGACGGGCCCAAGCCGCGCUCACAGCAAGGAGCGGAACGCCAGGGAGAAGGGGCUGGCGGGGGAGCAGAGCCGGCGUAUGGGGGUGCGCCAUCCUCCGCUGGCCGAGGCGGCGAUGUGGGCGGCGGCGGCGGCUUUAACGCCUUCCAGGGCAGGGGGAAUAAGCUGGGAGGGAAGUGAGUGGGGCGACCAUCUGGAUGGCGGAUGCGGUGUUGGACGGCAGUCGAUGUGGGUCAACACAGCGAAUGAGCGGGUGUUGCCAUGGGAAGGUAUACGUAGAGUGGCUUAGGUGCUGGUGUGUCUUCAGCGUAGGGAUUGCGCUGGAUGACCUAUUGUGUGGCUGCCGAGUUAGAGAAUCCAAUAGCGCAAUGUGGUGAGAAAGAAGCCGAUGAUAGCUUUACACUGUUUGUCAUGCAAACGCGGCAGCACGCGCAGCAACGACAGCAGUCCACCUUCGCCUCCCAUCGCCUCCGCCAUCUCCAAGCCAAACGCAGCAAACGUUUCACCUCUCGGAACCCGUCAGGUUUUUCCAAGACGCCUUUCUAUUCGCAAACUUCGAGGCGCAGCCCCCCCAACACUUCGUCCAGCUUAAUAUCAAGCCAAAAGCCAUGUAAGGUGUCCUGGCCAAGCCCUGCC